AAAGAGUGAGAGAAGUGAGUGUCGGGGUGUGUGUGAGUGUGUGGAUGAGGGAAGUGGAGAGAGCGGGGCUGUAAAGUUUGGACACUGAGCGGAGGGGAAUACUAUGCGGGCUGCUGAUCUUUAACAGGUCGGAUUACUCUCUGAUCCCGGCGGAGUGUUUCUGGAGGGGGUGAAAGUGUAAUCAGCCAAUAGCACCAUGGCGAAUCCAGAGGCAAAUGGAGAUAAUCAGUGGUUUCACUCCUCGCACUGUGAGCGCUGUCUGAGUGAAGAUCAGCUCGAUGCCAUCAGAAACAACAGCGAUGUGCGGGAGUUCUUCGUGGUGCAUCAUCUGGAUGAUCUGAGGGAGGGAGACGUGUCUCCGCUGCUCCAUAACACUCCCAUCACCUGCAAAGUGGAGAACUGUGAAAGAUACACUACUCGCUCCAAGGUGCGUGUGUGUACUCUGUACACGGUGCGUCUGACCCACGGUGAAUUCACGUGGACAGUGAAGAGAAAGUAUAAGCAUUUUCAGGAGCUGCAGAGAGAUCUGUACAAACACAAGAUGAUGCUGCAGCUUCUUCAUCUAGGGAGGUUUGCCAUUCAUCGACAGCAGUUGGACAACAUGGGUGAGGAAAUGCCCUCUCUUCAUGGCACUGAGAGGAUGAGGAGGACAUCCAGCAAACCAAAAUACCUGGAGGAGUAUCUGAACAGCCUGCUGGAGAACACUUUCUGCAAGAACUACUGUGGAAUGUUGGAAUUCCUCUCUAUCAGCCCUCUGUCUUUCAUCAAAGACCUUGGACCCAAAGGCCUUGAGGGUUUUAUUCUGAAGAGGUCAGGAGGUCACCGCAUUCAGGGUCUCAACUGUUUCGGGCAUCAUCAGUUCUGCUUUCGCUGGUCUCACCGUUGGCUGGUGGUGAAGGACUCCUUCCUGCUCUACAUGUCCAGGGAUCCUGGCCUGGUGUCCUUCGUGCUGCUGUUUGACCCCGAGCUGAAGGUUCUGGUGGGCAGCUGUUACACUGACACCAAACACGGAGUGUGCAUCGAGAACUUCAGCAGGAAGUUGAUCAUCAAGUGUAACAGUUACAGACAGGCUCAGUGGUGGAGUCAUGAGAUUCGUGGUUUGUCUCAGAAGUGUGAUUUUUUCCAGAUGCACCGCUUUGAAGGCUUUGCUCCACCAAGACCUCAAACCUUCACUAAAUGGUAUGUGAAUGGCAGUGGUUAUUUCUCAGACCUGGCAGAUGCUCUGGAGAAGGCAAAGGAGGAGAUCUUCAUCACUGAUUGGUGGCUGAGUCCUGAGGUCUACCUGAAGCGUCCUGCCACAGGAACAUACUGGCGCCUGGACCAGAUCCUCAAACGCAAAGCAGAGCAGGGAGUGAAGGUGUGUGUGUUGCUGUAUAAGGAGGUGGAGCUGGCUCUGGGCAUUAACAGUGACUACAGUAAAAGGAAGCUGAUGAAUCUGCAUCCAAACAUCAAGGUGAUGCGUCAUCCUGACCACGUGGCCUCUGUGGUGUUCCUCUGGGCCCAUCACGAGAAGAUGGUGGCCAUCGAUCAGUCAGUGGCUUUUGUUGGCGGGCUGGACCUCGCCUUUGGUAGAUGGGAUGACAGCAGCUACAGGCUGGUCGAUGUAGCUUCUUCCAAAACAGCCAAUCACAACCCAAGACCAGUGCCAGAGAUGGAAAGGGAAGACGGUUCUACUGUUCCUCUUUCUGGUGGAGAUCCUCGGGAAGCUCCAGGAGGUCGUGAUGAAGUGGAUCUGAGCUGUAAUGCUCUCCUGUGGCUGGGGAAAGAUUACAGCAACUUCAUCAAGAGAGACUGGACCCAGCUGGACCAGCCCUUCCAAGAUAACGUGGAUCGGACGCAGGUGCCUCGUAUCCCGUGGCGUGACCUUGGAGCAGUGCUUCAUGGGAAGGCUGCAAGAGACCUGGCACGCCACUUCAUCCAGCGCUGGAACUUCACCAAGAUAUUUAAGACAAAGUAUAAAGAUAAGUUCUACCCAUACCUGCUGCCCAAGAGUCACACUACUGCAGAUGCCCUUCCCUUCACUGUUCCUGGAACAUCGAAAGCAUCUGUGCAGGUUCUGCGCUCAGUGGAUCGCUGGUCAGCAGGAACGUGUGAAUGUUCCAUCCUCAAAGCUUAUUUGCACAUCAUCGAGAACAGCCAGCAUUACAUCUACCUAGAGAAUCAGUUCUUUAUCAGUUGUGCAGAUGAGAGGAGUGUUCACAACACUAUUGGAGAUGCCAUCGUUAAGAGGAUCCUGCGUGCCCACAGUGAGAAAAAGAAAUACCGGGUGUUUGUGGUGGUUCCUCUUCUGCCUGGGUUUGAGGGUGACAUUGCUGAAGGAGGAGGCAGAGCUAUACAAGCAAUACUGCACUUUACCUACAGGACGAUGAACCGUGGAGAGUGCUCCAUUUUGUCCAGACUGAAGGAACAGAUGCAGGAUGAAUGGACGCAGUAUAUCUCUCUGUGCGGCGUGCGCACACACUCUGUGCUCGGCCAGACGCCCAUCACUGAACUCAUCUACGUCCACAGCAAGGCCCUGAUUGCUGAUGACCGCUGCUACAUCAUCGGUUCGGCUAACAUUAAUGACCGGAGCAUGCUGGGCUCUCGGGACAGUGAGCUGGCCGUGCUGGUGGAGGACGAGGAGAGGGUUCCAUCACGCAUGAACGGAGAGGAUUACGAGGCAGGACCCCUCGCACUCGCCCUGCGCAAGGAGUGCUUCCGAGUUUUGCUGGGAGCGGAUUCUGACCCAUCCAUCGACAUUGAUGAUCCAGUUAGUGAUGAUUUCUUCAACAAUGUCUGGAACAAAACUGCCCAAUCAAAUGCUUUCAUCUAUGAAAUGGUGUUCAGGUGUCUUCCGCUGGACUCGAUCCGUAACAUGCGUGAGCUGCAGGAGCAUGUGAGCGUCCCCAACCUCGCCCAGAUGGACCCAGAGAAGGCCAGCCGUGAGCUUCAGGCCAUCAGGGGCAUUCUUGUCCACUUCCCCCUGCACUUUUUGUGCGAGGAAAUCUUGCUCCCGCCGCCCGGCACCAAAGAGAGAAUGGUCCCUCUGGAAGUGUGGACGUAGUGGGGCCUGGACCAGGGAGGUUAUGGUGUGAUAAGCAGACACGGAUUAAAGAAAACAAUCUGAACCCAUAAACACUCAUUAUCUGCCCUCUACUGAGUGAACUGGAAGCGGUGGGUUCAGUGUGAUAACGGACCAAAACGCCUGUGCUAAUGUGAUAGAGUGUAUGGGUUAGUGGUUGGAGAGAGAUUAGUCUAACCACAUGGAAGUGUGCUACAGCAUGUACUCGGCCAUUUCCUAUCUGCUCUAGAAAGCUAGGAAUGUAAAUCUCUGAUCUUACGUCAGAUUACAUUAGAUUAAAUUACUAUUAUGACUCUUUAGAGAACCAUUUGGUGCAGCAUGAAAUUUUACCAAGGUUCAGUUCAGAUUCUUUAGGCAACAGUUCAGUUCUAGAUCAGGAUUGGAAUUCUUUAGGAAAUCCUUUAGGGUUUAAGGACACUAUGAUUUGAUUAAUUUACUCUUAUAGAAAUUAUUCUGUUUGUCAUGAGAUCUAAGAUUUUGGUAACUCAAAUAUAAUAGGUCACUUAGAUACCUAGAUCUUAGAUGUUACACUGACACAAUUCGAUUAGUUUGAAAAUCUUUAAGAAAUUAUUCAAUACAUAAUGAAUUCAGCAUCUUUUCACCAGAAUAUGAUUUUGAUUCUUCCAAACACAGUUUGAUGUGUCACAAAAUCUCACAUUUAUCUAUUUAGAUUAACAUUAAUUCUGGUUCUUUUGGAAACCAGAAUUAUCAUUAUAUCACAAAAUGGAACUGUGGCACAAUUCAAGUGCUUUAGGAAAUGAUUCAGUUCAUAAUGGGAAGAUUUUGCCAAAUUAGGAUUUUAUUUCAUUAUGAUUCUUUACUACACUAUUCAGUAAAUUAUAAUGUCAUUUAUACGUCAUGAGAUCUUGCACAUCAGAUGUUGCAAUGACACAAUUCUAUUUAAUUCAUAGUCUUCAUAAAAUGAGUUGUUGCAGAACCGAACUUUUGGUUCUGAUUAUCCACUACACUAUCAUGAUUUUAAUCACGUUAUGAUUAUGAAUCUUUUGCAAAUUCACUCAGUAUAUCAAAAAAUCAAUGUUAUGAUUGACAAGUAGAUGACGCUAUUUUUUAAAGAGAUUUUUACUUAAAAAAUAGCCGGAGAGUUUGUUUUUACCAUAGAAAACAAGCACAUACUUCACUAAAUAUUUUUCAAGACAAACAUUCCAAAGCCUAUGCAUUUGAAUCAGCACCUUCAGAUUGAAUGCAUUGUAAAGCAUUUUCACACCUUUAGUUGGAUGGAGGCCAUCCGGCACUUCACAAAGGAAGUGUGUGUUAUCAUGGUGCUUUUAGACGAAGGACUUGCAGCUGUGAGGGCCUUUUAAAAUGGCUCAGUUAGAAGUUAGCAAGCUAAUCUGCACUAGUCUCAGUUUGCUGUAGUUUUGUAAAAUGGUGGAUGGUGUGAAGUGUCUGUGUGCGCGCGUGUGUGUGUGUGUGUGUGUGUGUGUGUUUUUGAGAGGAUUGAGGUGAGCACAGUUGAGUGUCUCCAAUGAGACGAACAGAACGUACGUUUAUUAUUGCAAAGGCGCGUAGGUGGAUGGCAUUGCUUUCUCUGCCUCUUUCCCUAUAUCUCUUAUUCUCCCUCUAUCGCUCUCUCUCUCUCUCUCAUUCUCUUUCUCUCUCUCUCUCUCUCUAGUGCUGCACCUCUCUGUGCAGUGCCAGCAAAUCUGUCAGAACAUUUGUGGUUGUUAUGGUGACGGGUAUAAAGAGCUGACGGGGUCGCGGCUGCCGCGAGAAAGCGAGUGAAAAAGAAAGAGAGAGAGAGGAAACGAGAGAGAUGGAGAGGAAGUCUAGAUAAACAGCGGCUUUGGGAGAAAGAGAAGAAAUAGGAGGAAAGAGAAUGUAAUAAAAUGUUAUCAAAUGCAGCGGUGAGAGGAGGAUGAGGUGAUGGUGGUGAUGGUGAUGAUGGGGAGUAAAAAGUGGGGAAUAUUGGGCUCAGGGGUUCAGGUUGGGGGCGGGGCUGUUUUUUUUUGAGGGAGUGAAUGUGAAAUAUUGAGAAAAAAGGGAUUGAGGAGGGUGCCAUUAGAAGAGGAGAUUUUGGAUGUUUAUUUUUUUUGGGAGGGGGUGGUGGUGUGCAUUAAUCAUUGUGCUCCUCCCCCUUCCGAUGUCUCCAUGGCAACCAAGUAUUUAUGGUUAUGUAAUACUUUUGUCAGUGGUCCAGAAGGUUCCACUUUCCGUUUUUAGUCGGUGGGAGAGGGGUGUAGGGGUGCUGAUAGGGAAACAGAGAGCGUGUUUACAUGUAGACAAAUGAUCAUUAUCAUCAGGCCUAUCAGAUUUCGGCAGCAACACGACAUGACUCAAGUGGUCAUGAAAAAGCAAAUUAGACACCUGGCUCUUGUCCAAUUAAUUGGGUUAUUCAGAACAUGUAUACUGCACAUGUGCAGAACUGUUCACAAAGCAGAUUUAUUUAUCUACCGAACAACUGACAAAUUACAGAAUUACACUUACUGACACAAAAUAACACACCAAGAAAUAAAUAAAUAAGAGACCACCUAAAAAUGAUGAGUUUCUUUGAUUUUACCAAGUUGAAAACAUCUGGAAUAUAAUCAAGAGGAAGGUGGAUGAUCACAAGCCAUCAAACCAAGCUGAACUGCUUGACUUUUUGCACCAGGAGUGGCAUAAAGUUAUCCAAAAGUAGUGUGCAAGACUGGUGGAGGAGAACAUGCAAAGAUGCAUGAUAAUUGUGAAUAAAUCACAAUAAACCACAGUUAUUCCACCAAAUAUUGAUUUCUGAACUCUUAAAACUUUAUGAAUAUGAAUGUAUUUUCUUUCCAUUAUUUGAGGUCUGAAAGUUCUACAUCUUUUUUUGUUAUUUCAGCCAUUUCUCAUUUUCUGCAAAUAAAUGCUCUAAAUAACAGUAUUUUUAUUUGGAAUUUGGGAGAAAUGUUGUUUGUAGUUUAUAAAAUAAAGCAACAAUGUUUAUUUUACUAUAACAUAUAUCUAUAAAUAGCAAAAUCAGGGAAACUGAUUCAGAAAUUAAUUUAAAUUAAAUUAGUUUUGUUCCAGAAUUGCAUAUAUGUGAAUAAAAUAUAAGAGUAAAAGGAUUAUUAGUUUAUUGAGAAAAACUGUAGGAGGAAGCUUUAGGUACCCUUUUGGACUGCCUCUAACUUGAACAUAGGAUGAGAUAUGGUUGAGCAUGGAGGCAUACAGAACGCAUGUAGCAUCCUGCAGAACAUUAGCCUGUUGCUGAAGCUGGCAUCCCAGCUGCUUCCAUAAACGCACAAAGUGUUGCAGUCUGGUAGAGACAUUCCUUAAAAGUCUCUACUGUGUGUGGGCCAGCAUUAUCCUGCUGAAAUCACCUCUUGUGGCAAAGCCCAAUGUCUAAACUGACCACAGCUGUAAUUAUUUACAUAUCUGCCUGAGCAGCAGUCCAGGAUGUUUUUAGUCCAUGAGUUUAUAUGCAAAUUGGAAUUUGCAGUUAAUAUUUUUCUGGCAAGUGAUUCUGUUAAAUGUUAAAUGACUGUUAAAUUCAACAUAAAUUCAAGAUGGACUGUUUUAACCUUGUUUGGCUGUAAUAAAAUGUAUCAAUUAAAAGCGAGGCUGCCCAGGCAAUACUCAGGUUCUUCAUGGUGGUAUCUGUUUCACAGUUUAGUAGUUACAUGCUUUGAAUUUAUUAAAUUGUAUGUAAAUUGUAGCCUAAUUGCCAUAGAUUUUAUAAUUAUAAACCACUUAUAGGUAAUGUAUAGAAAGCUUUAAAAUAAUUAAAUUAACCCAAUCUAAACAACUGCACUACUAUUGAAAAAAACACUAAGCUAAAAGAACUUAAAUAUGUCUAAGCAAUGAUCAAUGUAGAAGCUCUACAAAUAAUAAGACGAAUGAUUAAAUGUUUAAAUGUUGACAUUAAAAAUAUGCAAGUUCACUGACACAAAACUUUUAAUAAUAGUUUAAAUAGAUAUACAGCUGAUUUUAGUCCAUUUGUGCUAUCACCAAUAUCAAUGCAUUUUGCCCCACACUGGAUAUAUGACUGUAUAUACCAUAUAUUUGUCCAAAUAAAUGCAUUAAGCUAC